AUGACAACAUGGAUGUGAAUUUCGCACAUGUCUGUCAAAAGAAAGAACUAAUGAGUUUUUUUACUUGAAAUUUGAAUUUCAAUGUCUUUUGAAUGACGGUUAUGAUAUGAAGUUUGUACACUGAGUAAACUUCAGAAAGGAAUCAUCAUGCCUAUGAUUAGUUUGAGGGGUGUUCACAUCAACUUCCCAUUUGAACCAUAUGCUUGUCAGGAGGCCUACAUGGAUAAGGUUCUGGAGAGUCUCCAAACGGGUCAGAAUGCUGUGUUGGAAAGUCCGACUGGAACAGGAAAGACUCUGUGCUUAUUGUGUUCCUGUCUUGGCUGGCUCCAAGGACGCAAGGCCCAGACAGAGCUAAACAGACAGAUACACAUCUCGUCCUUCGUGGAGCAGGGCUCUGUGAGGCCGGAGAAUGUCAAUAGCCUGGUGAAGAGCCUGGAGGCUUCGACAGGACAGACAUGGGGAGGCGCAGAAUUUGCCGUACCCAAGAUAAUAUAUGCGUCCAGGACUCAUUCUCAGUUAUCCCAGGCAGUGAAUGAGCUCAAGAGGACUGCUUACAACAGCAUGAAGGUGAGCGUGAUUGGGUCCAGAGAACAGUUGUGUAUCCAUGAGCAGGUCAGAAAGGAACAAAGUAAUACAAAUAAGGUUCACAUGUGUCGUGCGAAGGUUAAUGCCAGGACCUGUUUCUACUACAACAAAUUUGAUGACGUGAAGAGGAACAGUGAUGCCCGUCACUUGGUGGGGAAUGUGGUGGACAUUGAGGAUAUAGUGGGAUACGGAGAGAAAAAUAAAGUUUGUCCAUAUUACCUGGCUAAAGAACUGAAAAAUGAUGCUGAAAUUAUAUUUAUGCCAUACAAUUAUUUGCUAGAUGCAAAGUCGAGGAAAGCCCAUGGAGUGGAGCUGCAGGGAAACGUUGUUAUCUUUGAUGAAGCCCAUAAUUUGGAGAAGAUAUGUGAGGAGAGCUCCUCCUUUGAUCUCACAACAGCUGACUUGGCCACAGCUAUAGAAGAAGUGUGUCGAUUGGCUGAUAAGUUUGUUGAGAUGGCUCAAGCUGAGGCACAGAGUCUUGUAGAAAUGACAGAAUCUAGUAUGCCAGAACCAGAAUUCACCCUUGAGGAUUUACUGAGAAUGAAAUCCACGUUGAAGGAGUUGGAGGACAACCUGGACAGUAUGGACAUCGGCACAGGUUCCAAUGGCGUCACCCACCCUGGCAUGUUCAUGUUUGAGUUUCUAUCUAAAGUGAACAUUGGUUUUGAGACGAAAAAUUUCUUCACUAACUUGCUGGAUAAGAUGAUCAACUAUCUUACAAGUGACACUUCCGCUGGCUUCACCACAAAAGCUGCGGGGCUAUCCAAGAUUGCUGAUGUCUUUAAGAUUGUUUUCUCGAGGGAAUCUCGUCUUGGAGAAUCAAUGCACAUACAUCAACAGACGAUAGCCAAAUACUACAAGGUACAUAUACAGGAAAGUCAGAGUAACAAGAAGUUUGGGAAGAAGGCAGAUUUAUGGAGCAAGGCAGCAGAGAAACAGGUUGUCCUGACAACAACAUUCCUCAUCAAUGAUUUCUUUAUGUACAUGAUGACAGUUGUCCUGACAACAACAUUCCUUGUCAAUGAUUUCUUUAUGUACAUGAUGACAGUUGUCCUGACAACAACAUUCCUCAUCAAUGAUUUCUUUAUGUACAUGAUGACAGCAAUGGAAGGUUAUUACGAGAAAAUCAACGACCCCAGUCUGAAUGGUGCUAUUUUUGUAGCAGUGUGUCGAGGAAAGGUGAGCGAGGGCCUUGACUUUUCUGAUAUCAACGGUCGAGCGGUCAUAAUCACAGGCCUGCCUUACCCGCCACGUAUGGACCCCAAGGUCAAACUAAAAAUGGAGUUUCUCGAUGAAAUGAAAGGCAAACAGACAUACCAGACUCUGACUGGAAAUGACUGGUACAAACAGCAGGCUUCACGGGCUGUCAAUCAGGCUAUUGGGCGUGUCAUCAGACAUCGCCAUGACUACGGUGCCAUCAUUCUUUGUGAUACAAGAUUUUCCUAUGAGAACUCGGUGAAACAGUUACCUAUAUGGGUACGUCCACAUGUCAACAAAUACAACAGUUUUGGGCAAAGUCUGAAGGACAUCAUGGUCUUCUUCAAAGCUGCUGAGAAAACCUUGCCAGCUCCACAACCGCAGAAAAAGAAACAGUUAACAGCUGGAUGUCAUGGAGCACAUUUUGCUCCCACUUUGUCAAGGGCAAAGGUCACCCCAAAGCUAGAGCAGGCUCGUAAGGUGGAACAGCAUGUGAAGAGUCUUCGUAACACGGAAGAGGAGAAUGCCAGGCUACAGAUUCAAUAUGAGCAGACCAGGCAGUCAGUGGUGAAGAACAAGAAGCACAGUCUCCUAGGGGCCCUGACUGAAAGUGAGAAAACUGAUACUGACCUGCUAGAUGACUCCUUUGACACUAAUCUUGCAUUCAACAAACCUAUUGGGUUGGAAGCCAAAAUUCCUGUUAAGAAAAAAAUUGUUAUCAAGAAGAGAGAAUCCUCACCAAAGACUCUGACACAAAAGAUCUUAGGUGUCAAAGAUAUGGACGGGAAGUCAACAACAACAUCCCAGAUAACUUCAGCGACGUCUUCAUCAGUGACGUCUGGUCAGGGAGAAACAGUCUCACAAGUGACCAGUCAGACUCAUCUUCAUACUGCUGAGGCUUAUAUAGCACAGGUUAAACAGGUGCUGGGCCCAGUCUCCUACAAGUUGUACACCAAGGCCAUGGUUGACUACAAACAGACCAGCAACAUUGACAAUUUGACUUCUGUUUUGGCUAAUAUCUUCAUGGAGGAUGAAGUGCAUAUGGAUCUGUUCAGGAGGUUUUAUACGUAUGUGCGUCCGCACCACAGACGACAAUUUGACGAGCUCUGCUGCAAUCUCACGGGUCAGGGAUGUGGCUUUAAACCAGAACAUGCUGUUUCUAAGAAAAGAGUCCAGAAGGAAAUGGCUGGUAAUGAUGGAGCUUCAAAACGUCAGAAGACAGAUGCUUCGUCAACCACAGUACAGAUUCAGUCUGAUUCAGAUUGUGGAAAAACAAACUCAGUAGCUUCUCUAAAAAGUGUUUGUCAAGGACCAGCGAGUGAGAAGGGUAUUAAAGACCAUUUUCCAGAGAAAGCAUUGGCGUUGGGGAGUACAGCCACAUCAGCCAAUUCAGGAACCAAUAGUAGGGACCUGAAGGACAAAAGGACAGUUCUGGGGCCGCAGGAACUCAGCACCAAUAACACGCUAGAUAAAAGUAGCGAGGACUUAUUUGGGGAUGAAACACCUCAGCAAGUAGAGAAGAAAGAUAAACAGAUUAAAACAGAUCAACAAAAUGGAACAGAUGGAAAGAAAGAGAUGAAGGCAGAAAAGACAGAAACUAUAUGUAUGCCCAGUAUGAUGGAGAGAUUAAAGCAUGUGACUGGGCCUCUCGAUAUAAGAAGCAAGAUAAAGGAGGAAACAGGCUACACAUGCUGUCUCUGUAAGGAGGACGCCACCACGCCUUUCAAAAGAAAGUGUUUGAAAAAGACAAGCUUUGUCCAGAAUGUGGGGUGAAGGUGAGAAAACGACAUCUCGAAGGCUUGAUGUUUAGCAACCCUGACAACAAGAGAAACAACAACUCAUAGGGUUUUC